CCCCGCAACCCCGGCUUCUGCCCUAGUCUGGUCCCGGUUCCAGCCCCAUAUGCAGUGGAUGCAAAACCUGCCGCGGCGCGGUCCCUGAGCCCCUUGGUGGCUCCGGAGCUUUAAUGGCUCCCAGGUUGCGCUGCGUCUGUUGCCAUGGCGACUAGGCCAGCGGCCGGAAGCGGGGCCUAGUCGCGACCCACCCCCUGCCGGCUUCCUGGUAGCCGCACCGCUCCCCAGGCCAGCCUUAGAAACAAGGAAUCUUUAUAUUCUUACCCAUGUAUCAGUCUUGAAGCAAAUCCAGUCUACAAUCCUUGGCUUUAUUCAAAAGUUUGGGAAAUCCUGAGUUUUCCAGUUGAGUUCCUAUUGAAUUCUUUAAGAGGACAAGCUCUCCUCAUACCUUUAAUGCCGGUCAACUUAUGGAAAAUCUGCUUAAUUCGAAAAAUGUUGAGUUGAAUUGUCUACCGUGCUCAAAACACUGUGUUGGGGGAAAUCUCAGAGAAGCACACGACAAGGUCCUUCCCCUCAAGGAACCUUUGUCUAGCUGGGAAGCUGAGACAGAUACCUGUGAAAUAGGCAAUGAUUUUAGGAGAAAACUGUUGGCCAAUGACUGAGCUUUCACUAUCCAUCUACACUGUUUGACACCAUGGGACCAGGCCGACCAGCCUCAACCUGUGUUCAUCUAGCAUCUGGUGUCCCACUCGAUGGGAGGAGUGACCCCAGGAAACUUCACACCCAGAACCAGCUGCAGUUUAAUAGGAAUGUUCCUACACAUUCAAGCAACUUGGCAACCCAAUACUCUUGCCCACAUGGAAUUAAAAUCGAGAAACUGAAGCACUCAUACAAUGAGUCUUACCACUGUAGAGAUUUGGAUUUCAGAGAUGGUCCCGGCCUGGGCAGCUCCGUUUCAUUUUCUGUUGUAUCAGAAGAGAGACUUAGCUAUGCGGUUCAUCUGGCCAAAAGAGAUGUAAAACGAAGACAGUUAGAAGAACAUAGAAAAGAGCAUCACUUCAGAAGUCCACCCCACGUCUUUCGGAACUGUGGACACUCUCAGCAUAAAACGUCUGACCUUGGGGUGGAAAGAGAGGGAUCAAGGAGUCGGGAAGCCUGUCAUGGCAGCCACCAGCCGUCCAAAGUAGAGAUUUCCAGCUCAGGCGCCAAGGUAUACCUGUACACAUCUCAUCCAGGACAGUCGGGUAUUCCUGUGCCAAAUUCUCCACCCACGCGUGAUCCAGGCCUUCAGCCACAUUCCAGGAUAGAUGACCACAAAAGCCUAUGUGAACACAAAUGCCUGCUGGAAGUUCAGCGACUCCAGAAAGAAUUGAGCAGUUGUAUCCGUAAAAUUGAAGAAGUAGCUAAAAGAGAUCGCGUGGAAGAAGCUUUGGAUCCUGAUGAGGAGCGGAGGAUCCGGGUCAGGAGACAGGAGCAGGCGGUCCGUUCUGCCCGCACACUCUAUGUCCUCCAGCAACAGGUUAAAGAAAUCCAGGAAGAAUUGGAUAAAUUGAGUCCACAUAAGAUUAAACACACUAAGAAGUCAUGGGCAGUGUCCAGGCUGGCUGCUGCCCAUCGAGGAGCAAUUCGGGCCUUACAGACGUUUGUCACUCAGUUCACUGCCGGAGGGGAGUACCCUGUUCCUACUUGGUGCAAGGAGCUGGGCAGUCUUAUCCGCCAGCUCUCUCUCUGUUCUGCCAAGCUGGAGGCCGAGUCUUCUGUCCCUGAUGUGGUGAUAGAUAUCCUGCAACAGAUCGAGGCUUUGGAAUCUCUCCUGGAAAAGAAACUGUCUCCAAAAAAGGCAAAGAAAUGUUUCGGUGAAAUUCGGAGCAGAUUUCCCAUUGGUAGCCAAAGGGCCUUAGAGAGAUGGCGAAACACAUCCCCAAAGAGUGAGAGGAAGCCCUUUGUAGCAAAGGAGAUAUUUCCACAGGAAACAAGACGACCUUCAGUGGCAAAGAAGCUCCUUGCUGAUAAGUAUCAACCUGACACAGAGCUUCCAGUGACCCAGAGGCUGGAAAAGGAGCUUGAUGGAUUAGAGGCGGAUAUCCUUCAGGAAGACGCUCCAUCUAUCCUCGACCAAAAUGCAGGCUUCAAAGAAGAGGCAUUAGCCCUGGCAAAAAUAAAAGCAGGGAGGAAGAAGCUUGUGACUGAGAACGUGCCACCGUCUAGGAAGAAAGAUAAUCUGGCACCAGCAAGACCACAGCAAGGACUCCACAAAGCUGAAAAAAGUAGACUAAUCCCCUCUUACAGCAAAAGCAGGUUGCAAAGGACAACAGUCUCCUCCAGAUUAAAAAUGAACCAACAGCCUGUGAAAGACAGCAGGGCUCCUUGGAUACCUCCAAACCCCACAUCCCCACCAGCCUCUCCUAAAUGUGCCGCCUGGCUCAAGGCGAAAUCCAGCCCCAAAGAUACCACCAAAGAACAGUCUCUCCAGCAGGAAGAUACGCAAGAGGACAGUCGGUUGAGAGGUGCUGUUGAACACGAAGCAGUGAGACUCGCUUGGCUAGAUGCUGAAACUUCCAAAAGAUUGAAGGAAUUAGAAGAAUUAAAAGCCGAACAAAUGGACAAAAUGCAAAAACAGAGUGUUUCCACCACCCAGUUAGCAGACAAGGUAGAGAAGGCAGUUCUGGAGCGUUUGAAGCCUCUCCUGGCCAAGGCCCAGAGAGUCAAUUCUUCUCUGGAAGUAGAUACUCAUUUGAAGGAUCAGCCAUCAGAAAUCGCAACAACAGCCCAGCCUGCAGAGGAGGCUACGGCUGUUGAUGGCGAAUCCAGUGACAUUCAUCAGCUGGAUGGUUUUUUGGAAAAUACCAUUCACGAGCACUGGCCCAUGACUCACACUAAGAUCUGGGAGUCUGAUGCCUUAGCCACCUUAGGGGACGGCAAGGUCAGCCCGUACCUGGAGACGAUGAUGCUCCGAAUGGAGGAAAUGGAAAAAUACCAGGAGACAGUUCGCCAAAGAUAUAAUAAAAUUGUAUAUACCGAUCCUCAUUUUUGGAUGCAGGAAGAAAAAAAUGACCAAAAAUUUCCAGCGGUGAGUGAAAGGCCUCUUUCUCCUCAUCCAAUCAGGAUCACAAAGACAGCAGCUCGAAAAGACCCAGAUGUGAACAUUGUGUUAGAAGGGCCCUGCAAUGGCGCUUCCCUGGAUGAAAGUGUGGUUACAGAGGAGAGAUCGGAGAAAAGAGAAGCUCCCCUUCCCUUCCUUUCAGAAGAUGCUCAACAGACCGAAGGCCGAGCUGCCCUCUUCGUCCCGCCAGCCAUGCGUCGUAGCAUCGGUGACUACUGCCGCCGUUUCGAGCACUACUUGCGGGUGAUCGCGCACGAGGCCGUGGGCUCCUUCAACCCAUGGCUCAUAGCUGAAAGCUUUUCAGAAGAGCUGGUCGACGAAGCCCUGGGGGCUGUGGCCGCUGAACUGCAGGACAUGUGUGAAGAUUACGCAGAAGCCGUGUUCACCUCAGAAUUCUUGGAACCUGCUACGUGACGGCUCUCCAAGGCGGGGCCCCUCGUGUCACACUGGCCAAGGGGCGGCACCCCCGCUUGGUUUUAGCCACAGGAAGGCUUUUUCCUCAGCUGUCCCUCCAGGCCCAGAAGAGCUGCCCACCGGGAGGAAGGAUAUGCCUCACUCUGAUCCUCUCAUUGUCAGAGCGAAUGGUUCUGGUAGCUUAUCACGGGAUGUGUCCUGUUUAUGAGUGCCCAGGAAACAUGAAUCAACGACAGUAUAAUAUUUCCUGAAUGUGUAGUUUUCCCAUUGAAAUACCAUGGUCAUUCUACUGGCUCGGUUUGAUGAUCAGAUGGUUCUGAAAGGUAAUAGAUUAAGUCUGCUUCCCACAGGGAUCCAAGUUGCUGCUGACCUGCCCUGAUGCCAGCACGAGAGCAGUUACUGUCUGGCCCCAUCACCUGGCUCAUGUUCCCUGCCCUGACACUUCCUACCAGGACACCUGUCCUGCUGGGUUACAGACUUCUGUCGAGCACAGGACUUGGUUAUGCUGCCCAGCCCUGCUCUGUUAUUAAAACAGGAACCCAGCAGUUACCGCGUGCAACAGUAAACACACGCUUCUCUCAUUCUCAGUUGCUAGGUGCUUCCUCACAUUUUUAGUUCCUCAAAUCUUCUGUUGCUGUGAGUUGACGUAUUCUGAUACACAAAACUCUGAAUUCAGAGGAAGUUUAUGGACCUCAGGAGAGGCUGGCCUUCUCUGGGGUUUGGGCGGAGGUACGAGCCCACUCUCCUCUCUGCUGAGGUCACGAGUGUCUUGUGUCUCCGCGCUGGAAGGGAGCCUGAGUGGGAGGACAGAGUAGAUCCGGAUGGCGUGAAGACGACAGGGUCUCCCCCAAGACAGGAAGACACUUAGGAACCAUGACAGCUUAGUCCUCGAGCAUCUUAUGAGUCCUGUUUUACCAGGAGGAGAGCCUCUUGUGCUUUCAGAAACUGAGUUCAGAAAAAAAAAAGGAACGUGUCUAAAAUAAGGCCACUGCCUGGAAAAAGUUCCCCUCACUUUUUUUGCCUGAGGCCUUGGUGAAAGAAAUGUAGAGAGUGAGUGACGUGAGACACGCCCCACGGGAUAAUGUGGCGUGAGACACGCCCCACGGGAUAAUGUGAAUCUUUUUAUAGCACACGCAGUGUUGUCAUCUGGGAUUUGCCUCUGAAGUGCAAGUAUUUCAGGUGGUAAUUUAAGCUGCUUGAUCACACGUACUUGUGCAAAAUUGAUUUUGGUUUAAUGUUAAUGUUUUCCUGCUUAAUUUUAUAUAACCUCAGAAUUUAAAAGGCCUCAAGGGAAAUUAUAGGUCUUUAAUUUGAGGAAUUACAUAAUGUACACUUGAAUUGAUAGAAGUGUCUGUUACUGAUAAUUUGUGUGGCAGUUUUUAUUGUUGAUUUUUUAAAUAAAGUUGAUAUUUUAAAGUA